AUGGUUAUGUGUCUAGUAGUGGCAACCGCAAUUGUGAUAUUGAAAGUGAGACGGACGAAGAUAGUCAAGAUGAUAAAUCAGAUUCCUGGCCCAGUUUGUCUACCAUUAGUUGGAAACGGACUGCAAAUUAACGUCGGAUGCAAGGAUGAGUUGUUCGAUCGGAUCAUUGCUUCCCGAAAGAUGUACGGUCGUCGUCAAGGCAUCAGUCGCGUCUGGAAUGGUCCUAUCCCAUACGUGCUUAUAUCCAAAGCAUGCGCAGUUGAGCCAAUACUGAGCAACCCCAAACUGGUGGAGAAGAGUAACGACUACGAGUACAUGAAGGACUGGCUUGGUAACGGGCUGCUCACGUCCCCCGGGCAUAUCUGGCACCCACGUCGCAAGUCUCUUACACCAGCGUUUCACUUCAAGAUACUGGCUGAUUUCGUGACGAUCUUCUUGAAUCAAGCCGAAGUACUGAUUGAGAAGCUUACACAGGCGCAAUUGCAUGAAGCUAACGGAUUUAACAUUGUACCGCACGUUACACUCUGCGCGCUGGACAUUUUCUGUGAAACUGCCAUGGGCUGUCCGGUAUAUGCACAGAAAAAUUCGAACUCCGAAUAUGUACGCGCACACAAACAAAUUGGGCAGAUUAUUCGCAAUAGACUGCAGAAGGUAUGGUUACACCCAGAUAUUAUCUUCAAGCGAACUAAAGAGUUCCAAAAGCACCAGGAAUGUCUGAAGGUGCUGCAUAACUUUUCCGACAGGGUGGUGCGUGAGCGCAAGCAACAGCUUCUAAAGCGAAAGGAAACUGUGGACAAUAAUAAUAAUGAAGACAGCCACUAUGGCAAAGAAGAUGGAAGUCGGAAGAAGCAGCUUGCUUUUCUUGAUUUGUUGCUCGAGGGCUCAGGGCUAUCGGACCUAGCGAUCCGGGAAGAGGUUGAUACAUUCAUCAUCGGAGGCCAUGACACAACGGCAGCAGCCAUGGCCUGGAUACUUUUCCUAAUCGGGGCAGACCCAGUGAUCCAGAACCGCGUGAUUCAGGAGAUUGAUGCAGUGAUGGAUGGAGAUCGCAAGCGGCGCCCCACGAUGCAAGAGCUGAACGAGAUGCGGUAUCUAGAAUGCUGCAUUAAAGAAGGCCUGCGUCUCUUUCCGAGCAUCCCUGUGAUCGGUCGUCGACUAACAGAAAAUGUGCUCGUCGACCACUACACUGUACCGGCUGGAACCACCGCAAUGAUCGUUGUCUAUGAGUUGCACCGUGACCCCGAAGUAUUUCCUAACCCUGAUAAGUACAACCCGGACCGAUUUCUGCCAGAGAACUGCAGCGGCCGACAUCCGUACGCUUACAUUCCAUUCAGCGCCGGACCACGGAACUGUAUAGGCCAGAAAUUUGCCAUUUUGGAGGAGAAAUCGGUUAUAUCAGCCGUGUUACGAAGAUUCCGCAUUGAGGCCAUCAACCGGCGCGAGGACGUCCUACUUCUCUGCGAUCUAGUUCUACGACCGAAGGACGGCCUGACGGUGCGGCUUCACGAGCGAGAUUAG